CUCCAACUUUUGUCAUUUGGUGUCUGAUUGAAGUAGCUCCACUUCAAUAAUUCACUUUGCUUAGAUCCUUACUCCAGCUAAGAGUCUUUCAAUGACUCUAUUUCUAUGCGGAGCCGCUGGUGGUAUGGGCUAAUCUCAUCUUUGAGUAACCAUAUAUAUUCAACUAGCUAGCUAGUGAAUUGGCCGGAAAGUACGACGUACGAUGUAUUGGUUCUUAUUCUUCCUAGUAGCAGCAAUGGGUGUUUCAUCGUCACCAAAUAACAAUGGUGUUUUUGACAUCUAUGACCGCUACUCGAAUGAAGUUGUCGAUGUCUUAGGUAAGGGCGGGUUGCCUACGAAAGGAGGCGCGGAUUACUUUUCAUACUUGGCAGCCCGUGAUUCCCGGAGACGCCAAUCUUCUCCGGCCAUCACCUUUUCAUCUGGAGAUGGCACCUUUCAGAUAGAACUUUUAUCACCUCUCUACUACGCAAAAGUUUAUGUUGGAACGCCUCCUUUGCCAUUCAUCGUUGCACUAGACACAGGGAGUUCCUUGUUUUGGCUCCCAUGCAAUUGCAGUGUGUGUUUACGCAACAUCACUUUUUAUUGGAACCAGACAACAAAUUGCAAUAUUUACCAUUCGGAUAAAUCGUCCACAUACAAGAGUAUCGGUUGCCCACCUUCAAAUAAUGGAUGCCCAUUUGAGGCCCGAUACAAGGAUGGAUCGUCCGCUACAGGGGUGCUCAUAUCAGAUAUAGUACACCUAACCACUUAUGAUCACCAGCAUAAACACGUUCAGGCUCCUGUUACAUUCGGGUGUGCAUCCAAUGUAACUGGUUACUUUCGGGACUAUUCAGCUUUUAACGGAUUGCUGGGGCUUGGGCUGGGUAAUGGGCCUGACAAUAUGGAUGCCCUCAGCAUCCUUGCUGCUCAAGGGAUUGUUGGCAAUUCCUUCUCCCUCUGUUUCCAACCUAGUGGGAAUGGGACAUUGAUACUCGGAGACAAAGGGACUUCCAAUCAGAGGGAAACACCAUUAGAUCUAAGUAUACAAAAUUCAACUCUCUAAUAAAGGAACCACGCAGCCCGCCGCCAACAUAUCUGGGUUAUUUUGAAUAUUGCUAUGACUUGAGCCCAAAUAAAACUUCUUAUUGGACUCCUCCGCUGAGCUUCAUAAUGAAAGGAGGACACAAAUUUGAUGUCUUUUUCCCAACAAUCAAGUCACAUCAGGGAGACAGAUCUUUUUAUUGUUUAGCUAUCGUCAAGCAGGACAAUAUUAACAUAAUUGGACGUGAGCAAUAUUAUUUCUCUUCCACUCAUUCUAGCUUUUUACAAUUAAUAUACUCUGUAUUAUCUAUGAUAUGUCGAUAUAUUAAUAAUAGACUACUUAUAAUAAAUACUACUCCCUCAGUCCCUCCGUCCCGUUAGAAGGUUUCCACUUUCCUUUUUUUGGACGUCCUGUUAGAAGGUUUUCAUUUCCAUUUUAGAAAACAAUUAACAAUCUUAAGUGAGAAAUUAGUCAUUAAAUUUUAAAAAUAAUACAUUUAUAACAUCACAGUUAUCAAUACUAACACAUUAUAAUAUAUACUUAUUAAAACUAUUUAUCAAAAUAUACCCGAAGUAUUUUAUUUAAUUAUCACCUAAAUAACCGUGUCGUUUUGCUAUAUAUGGGAACCUAGCUUCCAGCGGGAUAGAGGUAGUACGUACUAUUGUAGAUUCUUUGGUUACGUUUAGUACGUACGUUACCUCUUCUUUCUAUCGAAAUUAAUUUACGCAAUAUUUACUUAUGUUAAUGCAACUGAGCAUGUUCAAUGAUAGUAUGUUCUAAUUAUUUGUGCAGAGAACUUCUUUACCGGCAACAAUAUAGUGUUUGAUCGGGAAAGAGGUAUAUUAGGGUGGCAGCAAUCCAAAUGUAGGUUUACGAGUUUUUUUUUUCAAGCAAUCUUCAUGUACACAUUAAGUAGUAACAAUAGCAGUUUUUGAUGAAACCAGUUCAACGAUACUUCCUAUUCUGAGGAUGCACAAGAUUCAUCGCUGCCUAUUGUAACAAGUGUUGUUAUGGGUUUUUUAGUCUAUUACUUUUUAUGUAGUCAGAAAUUACUAUAAAUAGAAGUAAAAAAUUAUUAUUGUACAUUAAUUAAGAUUCAGGAUUUUAUAUAACUAAAAGAACAUGAUGUCCCCAAAAUAUGACUCCAUUAGUUUUUC